CGGAUUCCGAAGACGAGCUCGACCUAGAUCUAAGUUGAAGUUGAUUCCACUUCUUACCAGAACAAGAAGAACGCCAGUGCAAAGGGGGUAUCAAUCAAGAGUUUUGGAAGCUCCACGACAGAAAGCACAUAGCCAAUACUUUUCCACAAACAUGGCUUCCCCAUCAUCCUAUCCACCUGGUACUCACCACGUCCCUCCUCCACGUGCCUCAUCCCCAGCAACAGCAAAUUUCCGCCUAAACCACCUCAUGCUUCGCAUCACAAACCCAGAAGCAAGUCUACGCUUCUACAACGACUUUCUCGGUCUCCACACAAUUUUUGUUUUCAACACCGGUGCCUGGACCAUAUACUAUCUUGGACCACCCUCUGUAUCCAUGUCAGAACUUGGUACGGCAUCUGGACUCCUUGAACUCUACCACAUACCCGGGCAUCUGGAUGCUUACAAGAAUGGUAAUGAGAAUGGAGGUGAAGGAUUCGGACAUAUUGGGUUCACAGUCCCAGAUGUGGAAAAUGCAUUGCAGAGAGCAGCAGAAUUUGGGUUCAAGGUCAUUAAACCGCUAGGCGAAAAUGGAGUUGAGACCAUGGGAGUGCCUAGCUUUGUGAAGGAUGAAGAUGUGGUCGAGGGUUAUAAGUUCGUUUUCAGGCAGUUGGCAUUUGUUGUGGAUCCAGAUGGUUAUUGGGUUGAGCUUGUUCCUCAAGUCGUUAGGUCUCCUUCUAAUUAGGAAGCAAAAAGUUGAACAUAUACAGUAGUGUAGUCGACAAUUGUAGGACAGACAAUCGAAAGGUCGAUCUUCUUAGCAUCCGGUCCUACAUUUUAUGUAAUAAGUAAUCUAU